GAUUUUUUCUCUUCCUGCUUCCUUAUCUCAUUUUUUUGGUUCUUCUCACACUAGGACGUUGUUCUGAGGGAGUUGAUAUGAGAGUACUCGUAGGGUGUUGCCAUUUUGGUCUUUAUCUACCUAAUCAGUUCAAGCCUUUCUGGUUUACCGACUACGGUAACAUGCAGGAAAUGCAUGAUGCGGGAAUCGUCUGAAAAAAUUCAAAAAUGAUGAAACGUCAAAGGCAAGAACCACUGAUUUGAUCGUGGAAUUCGAAGCAUGGAUCGUUUGCCUUUUGCGAUCCCACCAAUGUUUGCGUUGCUGUCGCUCGGCUUACCCCUUGAGGUGGCGUGGGCAAAGUCUUUGUACUACGUUUGAUGUGGUCCUCGGUAACUUGGCGCGACAUAUUUUAGCCCAGUCUAUCUUGCAUAAAAGGUACUAUAAAGACGGUUGUGACCUACAGAUUUACUAUAGCAUUGACAAUGGCGUGGUCUCCAGAAACUAUUAUCGCAUUCGUUACCCUCCUUGUCACAGCUCCUUCAUCGUUGUUACUCAUCUGGAAGUACAUCAGACGAAGACAUAAGCGGUGCCUCAGUGAUAAAAUCGAACGAGCCGAGCCCUUCUGCACGUCGACUCCAUCGAAUGACCGAAGACGUAGUCAUUUCACUUUGGUACAUCCCGAGAUCAUUCUUGAGACGGGACUAUACCCGGAGGGAAUUCUCAUGCAGACGGUUGGUACUUAGGAUAUGUCUAUGUCCCUUGGACAUCCUGACAAGGACCUAGUAUACCUAUGUCCCGC